AUGCCAACCACCUCCAGCGUGCAGCUCCCCGAUUUCCUGGCCCUCACUCGUGUUUUCUCUCUCCGCACUAACCGCCACUGUUACACCGUAACUGCCGCUUCCGAGCAAGCUUGGCUUGUCUCAGAGCUCCUCUCCGACGACGAGAGGUCGGCACUGAAGUCGCUCAAAACCGGACUGUGGGCAGCGGUGUGUUUCCCGACCUGUGAUGCGAGCCAACUACGACUUGCGAUGGACUUUAUGACGGCGCUUCUGCUGCAUUCCUCGAGAAUGAGAUGUGGGAAGGAUUACGAACUUUUCGAGCAUGUGUUUCCCAAAGUCGUCGCGUCAAUGCCAACCGAUUUGUCGCGCCAAACCCUUUCUGUGCUCUGCGACGAGUUUAAAGCCGCCCAAGAGCGCUUACUCGUAUACCGCCACAGCAACACUCUUCCGAAUCUCGAUGAUUAUAUCGCUUUACGACGCAAUGCCAGCGGCAUACCGAUGUUACUCAGUCUUGUUGAGAUGGUGGAGGGUUUGAAAACCAUCCCCAAUAACGUCAACUUGAAACGACUUGCCGCGGACUUGAUUUCCUUGUCUCUGGACGUUUUCGCAUACAACAAUGAGCAGCAAGCGGGCAACCAGCUGAAUCUGAUCGCCGUCAUUCAGGCAGAGAAAGGAGUGUCCGUGCAAGGCGCAAUAAACUUGGCCUUCACCCACAUCGAGCGGACAUUAAGGGAGUUUCGCAUGCUGGUCGAUCCAGCUUCAUUCGAGGGCAGCUCGACAUCGGCAUGGGACUGGCUCAGGCCACGCAAAACUCCGCCAAGUAGUCCAAUCGUCGAUGGCGACACUCAGUUAUUCAUUCGAGGGUUGGAAGACUGUAUUGUUGGAACCCUGAACUGGAGUUAUGACACGGAGUUGUUCUUCGGGACUAAAGGCGACGAGGUCAGGCAAUAUGGGUGGGUGUUUCUACGAGAUUCGAACAGCGCAUAG